GCCGGUGGCUGCCGAGCCAGGCUUGGCGAAGGAUGGUGGACAGCGUGUACCGAACCCGUUCUCUGGGGGUGGCAGCCGAAGGGAUACCCGACCAGUAUGCGGACGGGGAGGCGGCGCGCGUGUGGCAGCUCUACAUCGGGGACACCCGCAGCCGCACCGCCGAGUACAAGGCGUGGUUGCUCGGGCUGCUGCGCCAGCAUGGCUGCCAGCGGGUGCUCGACGUGGCCUGCGGCACUGGGGCCUCCUUGGCAUUCCAGGCUGUCCUGACUGCCUUUCUUGGCCUCUCAUCCCUGGCCCUGCCCAGGGUGGACUCCAUCAUGCUGGUGGAAGAGGGUUUCAGUGUGACGAGUGUGGAUGCCAGUGACAAAAUGUUGAAGUAUGCACUUAAAGAGCGCUGGAACCGGCGGCAGGAGCCUGCCUUCGACAAGUGGGUCAUUGAAGAAGCCAACUGGAUGACGCUGGAUAAAGAUGUGCCCCAACCAGCAGGAGGUGGCUUUGAUGCAGUCAUCUGUCUUGGAAACAGUUUUGCCCAUUUGCCAGACUGCAAAGGUGACCAGAGUGAGCAUCGGCAGGCACUAAAGAACAUUGCGAGCAUGGUGCGGUCAGGGGGCCUGCUAGUCAUUGAUCAUCGCAACUAUGACCACAUCCUCAGCACAGGUUGUGCACCCCCAGGGAAGAACAUCUACUAUAAGAGUGAUUCUACCAAGGACAUCACGACAUCAGUGCUAACAGUGAAUAACAAAGCCCACAUGGUGACCCUGGACUACACAGUGCAGGUGGCGGAUGCUGGCCAGGAUGGUUCUCCUAGCUUCAGUAAAUUCCGGCUCUCUUACUACCCGCACUGUCUGGCGUCCUUCACGGAGUUGCUCCAAGCAGCCUUCGGGGGCAAGUGCCAACAUAGCAUCCUGGGCGACUUCAAGCCUUACAAGCCAGGCCAGGCCUACAUUCCCUGCUACUUCAUCCACGUGCUCAAGAAGACAGAAUGAAGGUGGCCUUGCCUCCCACAGCCCCUUGCUUAGGCGCUGCUAGGCUCUGGGGUGGUAGGGAUCCAUGGCCUCACACGAAGCCCAACCCUAGUGCAGACACUGCAGUUGAGGUUCAGGGAUGUGGGUUCAGAUAAAGGAAAGAGUAAACAAUAUAAUCUUUGCCUUUUAAUUCCCCACACUGUGUGUUUGUCCGAAGGAACAUGCUCCCAUAGUGCCGGCCCUGCCCUUCCCCAGGGCUCACUCCUACCCCAACCUUGCUUUUCCCCACUCCAACCUUUCACAGCACCAGCAGCGGUCAGGAUGUACUUUAUUUUCUGCCACAUACAUGGCUUCAGGACCAAUCCCCAGACUGACAGGCCCUGGCCCUCCUCAGCAGAUGGGCCCAUCUUAGAGCUGGCCUGGCAGGAGGGGCAUGGAGGCAGGAGAUGUUGGGGCUUGUAAGGUCACACCGCACUCAGGGUAUCUCCUGGGGGAGGCAGCCUUCAGGUGGGUCAGCACAGCCUGAGGAGGAACCCUUUCGUCUUAGGUCUCUCUGAGGGGCCACCUAGGUACCUUUUGCCAUUGUGGGCAGUCCCAGACUGCAGGCAGCUCCUAGCAGGCAGCAAACUUGCGCUGGAUGCGCUUGUACCGGAGUAGCUCCUGCUCACUGACUGAGGGCUGCAGGCGGGUGGCGGCCUGCAGCAGGUCCUCCAUGGUAAGCAGCAGUGCUGAGCUUGCCAAGUCCAGCCCUAAGGGGUGACAGAGGAAGUAAGGCAGUUUCCCACUAGGAAACAGAGGCUGUGCUCUAUAUCUCAGCAGAGAGAGCCCUGUGGGAGGCACGUUCCUGCUCAAAGUCCCCCAGAUGUCCCUUCUCUAAAAUCUAGAAUGACUUGUCUCCACUAGCGUUCUGGUUGACUUCUCGGGCUGGCACACGGCUCACCUUCCUCCAGGUCAUGAACCCUGCGUUUGAGGGCAGUUGUCAUGGCAUCAGAGCAGAGAGAAUAGAGGUCUGCGCCUGUCAGUUGGGGAGGGCAGCAAUCCAGCACAUUCACCAGGCUCACAGAGGGCUCUAGCUUGAACCUGUAUGGGUAUAACAGAAACAUUACAAAUGGCACCACUUCCUUCCUUGAAAGCCACUGCUAACCAGCUUAUCUUGUGCAUUACAUGUAUCCCCCAAGUGUCCCAGUGCCCAAGCCCUUUGGAAGUCUUCCUCAAAUAGUACGUACUUGCGUGUGAUGGCAUUUAGAACACGCAGCUGGGAGGCACGAUCCUCAUUUGCCCCUACGAACACCAGCUUGUCAAAUCUUUAGGGAGACAGGUAGGUAAAAGUGUCAGGGAGGUCAGCCAGCAGGGGUGAAGGAAGUACAGAAUUGGAUGGAAGGACAAUCCCAAUGGGCCUGGUGAAGGUUCUCAAGUGUGCCCACCUGCCAGGCCGCAGAAGGGCAGGAUCCAAGAGGUCUGGUCGGUUGGUGGCACCAAUCACAAACACAUCCCGAGUGCUAUGAAGUCCAUCCAGCUCAGCCAGUAGCUGAGACACCACCCUAUAGAGGAGGAAGCAAAGGCAGAGAGUCCUUGGUCCAGAUCAGACUCUGUCCUUGCCUGUGGUGCUUCUCCUUGUAGGCUGCCUCAACAGGGCCCUCUGCUCAGCUCUGUCCUAUGUGUCCUUCCAUGCAAGCCCUCAUUCUCUUCAAUGUUCCAAACCCAAUUCCAUGGCUGUUUUUAGCUCUCAUCAUAUUAUCUUAGAACUGAAAAGGCAGGCCAGACACGGUGGCACAUGCCUGUAAUUCCAGCAACUUGUGA